AAGGGAUUUCAUGAAACCCCUGCCAGCUUUUAUUGAAAUAUAGAACACCAAGUUUAUCAUGCGCGUACAGAGUAUAUGCUGAUAAGUUUCAUUUGUUGGGACAAGAUAGACUGUUAUGACACCGCCGGCUAUUACACUUCAGUCCUGCUUUAAAAUAUUACAACGUCUCGAUUUACAUUGGUUAGAACUCCAGUUACAGUUCUGGAAACACACCAAAAUUCGACUUGGAAAUUACAGCAGUCCGGAGAGACACUUUUUUUUGUUAAUUUGUAUUUUUAUUCAUUCAAAUCAAUUGAUACAAAUAUACAAAAUACAUAAUGCAACAGAACUAGUACACAAUAAGACAGACGUUCAUAUGGGUAGGCAUUACACAUACUAGAAAUUUCAUUAAUAUUACACAGUAUUAAUUACCCAAAGAUUAGUUGCGCUAGGAUUUAGUCUUAUUCCUAGACUAUCAAAAUACCCAUUAUGCCAGUCAAGCUUAAGAUCCUGGCAUAAAAUGAUGCCGCGACCUGCCAUUCAGCCUAUCCAAACUGCUUUAGUUUUAUCUAUAUUUAUUCUUAAACCAGGCAUUUUGUUAGAAAUUUUUGAGAGUGUCAAUUGCUGAGGUCACAUUAAUUUCACGAAAUCACUGACUCUUUUAGGGUUUAGUGAAAUCCCUGGUUUCACACAUUCCCUGUAACACAUAUAUGUAUACUCUAUUUUCCAAUGUGAUGUUUUAAUAAGCGCGAAUAAACAAUUCUAAUCUUUGUCACUAACACAUUUUGUAUUUUAGAAUGUAUAUCCUUCAAAAUACUGCAAGAUGCUUUUUUUAUUUUAUAAACGAUGAUGAAGAAACCAAACUGAGCGUCUUGCAUGUACACUGUUUGAAGUGAAUUUUAAAUUGAAAAAAGUUACUGGAUAAAAGCCACUAACCGAGAUAAAUGGUCCAAACCAGUACUUUUACAGAAAUGGCAACUGAACAGUAUGAACCGCUAAAUGUUCAAAUUGAUGAGGAGUCCGCGGGAUGCUGCUCCAGCACCAAGUACUGUGUUUUACGGUACCCCAUGAAUGGCAAGAGUAAUCCAUCUUGGACCAUAGUUCAAUUUAACGGUGAAUACAGAGUCGAAUUCACCGCAAAGGGAAAUGGGAAGACAUAUUGUCACAGGUCAGGCCCCUUCUCCCGUGCAAUCCAGCAACUGAUGGAAAAUAAAAAGACGAGUUUCACCAAAGACGACUUCGAGGUGAGGAUUGCGAAAAACUCGUCGGUCGACUUAGGCAGAUAUUUUCUAUAACUGGCCAACAACGGAAGACUUAGAUUGUCGUCGUCGCAAGACUGAAAACCUUUGAACUGUAUGCUGUACUAUCGGUUAAAUUCAACGUUAUGUUUGAAUUUGGGAGGAUGGUGUUGUAGAAUGCGGACUUGAGACACUGUCAGU